CCCUCGCAACGGUACGAUGGAGAUCGCGAUCAUAAUAUUUGCGUCCACGGUCAUCGCUGCAACGCGGGGUCGACCAGAGAGUGGUCAAGAUUAUGACCGUGGCGAUUUCCAGAACGCCCAUUAUGAUUUUGGUGAUCACAACGAUGACGCAGCGUUCGAAGACCACAACGAAGAAAAAGUCAUGGAUUAUUCCCAGGACAAGGCUAGGUAUCACUACGAUUACUCGGUGAACGAACUUCACACUCACGACAUCAAAAGUCAGUGGGAAACGCGUAACGGUGAUAAAGUGGAGGGGGAAUAUAUAGUCGUCCAGCCGGACGGGUCCAAACGAGUGGUGAAGUACACGGCCGAUAAGCACACGGGUUUCCAAGCCGUCGUCACUAUAAUACCCAACGGUCUGGGUGAACAAGACUGAUUUUUUCAAACUAUGUAUUUAGUG